AUGUGGAUAUUUUUGUUACUCGUUUUAUUUGCUUUGGGGCAUGGAGAAGAUGUGCCUUCAACUACUCAGUCAAAGCUGGCUAAGGGGGAAGAAAAAAUGAGUGAAUACAUACUAAAAGUUCUUGAACAUUUUAAACAACCAAAUCCCGUUGGGAUUCCGGGCGCAAACGUACCAGAUCCAUACAACGUACCCGAUAUGAAGCAGUCAAUCUCUCUUGGAACUCUUUAUUUUAAAAACACAGCUGUUUAUGGUAUCAGCAAAUUUCGUAUUCUCUAUAUAAACGCAGAGAUCGGAGCUAUGGAGGUGCAUGCAGGUCUAGCUAUCGACAAACUACAAGCUCGAGGAAAUUAUACGAUGUCAACUUGGCUAAAUAGAGUUCAAGGACCUUUCACCGUCGACAUCACAGGCAUCAAGAUAACCGCUAAAGCUAAUUUAGGAGUAGAACGUGACGGAAAACUAAGAGCUCAAGAUAUUGCGAUUGACAUGGCUUUUACUAAUAUAGCGAUGAAUUUUGAAAAUGCUGGCUUCUUUGGUGGUAUGCUGCAAGGUGUUGUCAAUUCCAUUGGUACUUUUCUCUUCGAUUCAAUCAAACCAUACGUCCUCAAAGAAGCGUAUACUAAAGCAAGGGAGGAAAUCAACAAGAAACUGGACGAAGUUGCUGGAGAUAUGCAGUUUCCCAACUCUAUAUCUCCUCUAGAUAUGGUCAUAGCUGAUGUCAGGAAAAAAGUUCGCGAUAUGGAAAUGGAUCCUUACAAAAUUAACGAUUAUAAUACAACUGCCAGCAUGUUCACGGUAUCUUUAAGUCACACCUGGGUAACAGGUUUAUCAUCAUUUCAACGUGUGGGAAAUAUAACUUUAAAAAUGGAAAACAAUACAGUAAUUGCUGAUUUUGACAUUGGUACUCAAAAGCUUGAAGGAACAACUCAAUGGGAAAUAGCUGCUAUUAGCGGCUUGAUUUCUAGAGCUGGUAGAUCUUCAUUUUCUGUAGAAUAUAUCAGUGGAAGAAUAAUACUCGCACAACCUAUGGAUACAAGGAAAAAGCCUCAAUUUAGAGAUCUCGACCUAGAAGUUGGUAAUAUUCAAGUGCGUUUUGAUGGUGCUGGAACCUUAGACUAUAUCAUUGAAUUUGCUGUAAAUGUCCUGCCUAAUCUAUUAAGAUACCAAAUAAUGGAUGCUUUAGAAGGUCCAAUCAAAGAAAAAGUUCAGCAGGAGUUGAAUAAAGUCAAUGUUGAGGAAAUGAUCAAGCAAGAAUUACCAAAAGUGGAUGAAAUGCAGGAAAGUGGUUUCAAAUUGUCUGCUCUCCGUGUUCAAAGUGAUAAAGAAGAACCAUUUGAAGAAGACGAGUUUUUUAAUUUU